AUGAACAUUGUGCCCGACCUUGCAGUGCCUGCCAAAUGCACCCCUACCGCAGAAACAGCAGCGCUUCCCAUUGCGGAAGGCCCCUAUCUAGUUCCCGAUGAUGUCAUCAAUACUCCUAUCAAACGGGAGAGCUCCACCAUGCUACCCUUUACGACUCUUACACGAUGCCGGCACGAAACUAUUCAGGCCAUGGGUAAAGAGAUGAAAGGUUAUUUUGUUGGCCCAAUGCCAGUUGAAGACUUUCUCCAGGAAUUCCUUCCUACUUGUCAAAUUCCCGAUUAUGAUCCCUCGUCCCUCACUUCUGCUGUUGGAGCAUUCAGCGAUAUGCUCUCUGUUAGAAAUGAGGAACAUGCCUAUAUACCUUUUAUUAACGCCAUUAAACCUUUCGCGCCUCAAUUGUCGUUUGUCGACACCCACAUAUUCAAUAUCAAGCCAGACAUCUGCGUGUAUCCUGAUGGAUGUGCACCUUCAUCGCACAAUUGCAAUGUUUCUACAACAGAAAUUAUUGUCAAAUUCAAAUGGUCUUACUCCCACGAUGCAUUUUGCAACCCUUCUGGGGUUGAUAGCAUUGUAUCCAAGAUGAAUCGGGGUAUGGACACUCUGGGACAAAUAACUAGCUAUGCUGCAGCUCAGCUCGGCACCCAGUUCCGUACCCACACAUUCUCUCUCCUGAUCGUACAUGAUCACGCUCGCAUCAUCAGAUGGGAUAGGGAGGGCGCUAUUGUCACCAGCACCAUCGACUACAAUAACGAGCCAUAUUUGGCUGACUUCUUUCAUCGUUACGCACAAGCAUCACCUGAAAUGUGUGGUGUCGACACUUCUGUAACACUUGCUGGCGACGAGGAGGCUGACCUCGCAAGGUCACAGCUUAAUAUUCCCAGUACCACUCGUAUGUUCAAACUUGAUAUCCCUAGUGUCGAGGGCCCCGGCUCACUUACAUUAAUCAUUCCUCAACCUCUUACAAGAUCUUACUCGCCUGUUGGCUGCUGGACCCGUGCGUGUCCAGCAUUCGACCUUCUCAACAAGAAGGUCAUAAUGUUCAAGGACUCUUGGCAGGUAUCGUUACCCAAUGUUUUAUCAGAAGGCGAGACCUAUAAAUUAUUGCAUUCGCACAAUGUUUCCAAUAUCACAAACUGCAUCGCAUAUCAUGACAUACCCCCCUCUAUCGCUCAGCAAUCUACUCAAACUGCCAAGUUCGGAUGCACUAAGUGGGCAACUCCCCACUUGCCUCUCACUCCGCACAUUCUCCACCGUCUGGCUCUCAAUAUCGUGGGCGAAAAACUGACUGACUUUGAGAGUUCUCGUCAACUUAUUCUGGCUGUGCGUGAUGCACUGAUUGCUCACAAGGAAGCAUUCGAACUUGCAAAGGGCUACCUCAUCGAUUGGGACUUGGCAAAGUUAAUCAAUAUUCAGGGUCCCCAGCAAACAACACGCACAGGAACCUGGCAAUUCAUGUCUGCAUACCUCAUUGAACAUAAAUAUGCGAUACACUCAGUCAAGGAUGAUCUUGAGUCAAGCUUUUAUGUUGUUCUGUGGAUGGCUCUUAUGUACAAGGAGACGUACAUGGACAUCAUUUGCUGGACAUCACUCGCAACACAGGUCUUCGAAACCAAUCCCGGAUCAUCUUCAAAAGCAGAUUGGCUAAUCAGGAGAAGCAACCUUCUGAACAUCAUGUUUGUCGACUGCAAACCGCUCGACGGUCUUAUACAUGCACUCGCUGAAUUCUUCUCACAUCGGUACACUCAGAUUACUGACCAUCAGCAAAUGAUAUUUGAUAAGUUCCGGCUCGCAUAUGAGAAAGCAAUGCGAGAAGUCCCUAUCACACAAGAUUUGCUGAUAGCUGCACAUGGGAUCAUGACUGACUCCCCUGUCUACAAGAAGGAGAUGGAUAUGAAGGUCCUGGACUCGCACGACACUGUGAUAGACAUUUUCAACAAGCAGCUUGAUUUAUCUGGUUGGCCUGUCAAAGACGCCACCGUGCUGCAAAAACUCAAGCACGAGGAGAAGUACAAGCUGGGCUUGUUCACCAAGUCUCAGUCACUAUUAGGCUCGGGGGUAGAAGUCACCUUGUCUGGCAAGAGGUGUAGGCUAGAUAAUGCGGAUGCUGAUGAUGGUGAUGGUGAUUGCAGCUCGCUAACUGGUCUGGGUGGUGCAUUGACAUCCCUUCCUUAA